UGAAGUGCUGUGUUGGAGGAAAGUUUUUCUGAGAAGUUGUGUGCGGUGAAGAAACACAAACAAAAUUACAAAAUGUAGUAAAUUACUCCAAUAUAUGCUUUGUUUAAAAUAAAUUAUAAACUGUUUAAUAAAGUUAAAUUUAUAUAUUUUAUUAGUAUUAUAAAAACUUAAAAGAGAAAGAAAUUUAGUAAAACACUUGGAAAGGAGAGAAGCAAAGAAAGUUCAAAACAAAAAUUGAAAAGGAAAUAACAAAAUUCGGAAUAUGAAAACAAAUAAUUAAAAUUUAUUUUUUUUUGAUAUAAAAUAUCGUCAAGUGUGUAAUAAUUUUAGUCAGUGAAAUAAUAAAACGAAUAAAUUUUUAGUGAUGUGAUAAAGUGCGUUGGUGGGGGCGUCUUAUUUUAAUGAAUGAAUAUUGCAAACGCGGACGGACAAAAAUCACGUCAUUGCGUGCUUGUGCUCUACUAUCAUUUAAGUAAUAAAAAUAUAUGCUAUUUUCCCUGGAGCGAUGGGUUUUUAAUGUGCAAGUUAUUCAAAAUAAGUGAAUAAUUUACUUUGGAGUUUUAAGUAUACAGAAAUACAUAAAUGGCACAUAAUUCAGCAAGAAAAUCAAAUGAAAUCUUUCUGAACAUAAAGAAAAUCCUGAAACGGAAAAAAAAGAUUUUCUCUCCAUUUAAUGCAAUUAUUAUGAAAUCUCAUUAAUUUAUUUUAUAAUUAACAUAUAUUUUAUAUGCAACAUUCUUGCCAAUAAAUAGCGGAUACAUUUUAAUUAUUUAUUUGCACACAUUAAGUAAAGGAAAGGAAAGUAGCAAUAGAUAAUUCACAUCCGCCCCUCUUAUUUUUAUUUUAUUUAAACAAUUGUGAAAUAAAAACGAUUGUAAAUAUGAUGACCAUGGAUGAUGAGCAAGAGGCGCUGCUUAAACGCGCCACGGAAGAACGUGAAAUGAUUUUCAAUCGAUACGCUUUAGGAUUAGAUCCAAAGAAUGAGGUCGAUCCAUGGGAGAACCCAACGUUUGAACUUUACCAUGUAACCGACAAAUACGGCUUCAUACAUGAUUCCCGCCUGCCCGAUAUACGCGAUUCACAAGAAGUGCAACGCACCAAAAUUGAAUUGGAACGUGAUAAGAAAUGGAUGAAAAUGUUCACAUCAUGGAAUAUACAUAACGAAAAGCUGCGCAAACGUGUAUUUAAAGGUAUACCCGAUCGAAUGCGGUGGCCAGCUUGGAAAAAAUUUCUGAAUGUCGAUGAGUCAAUAGCUGCCAAUAAAGAUACAUACUCUCGCAUGCUUAGUUUAGCGCGAAAAUAUUCAACAGAAGUGCGUCAAAUUGACUCAGAUGUGAAUCGUCAAUUUCGUGAUAAUCAUGCCUAUCGUCAACGCUACAGCGUUAAACAAUGUUCACUGUUCAACGUACUCAAUGCUUAUAGUAUAUACAAUCCCGAAUUAGGUUAUUGCCAAGGUAUGGCAUGUGUGGCCGGAGUGUUGCUACUUUAUAUGCAAGAGGAAGAAGCAUUUUGGGCACUCAAUACACUAAUAGUUGAUAAGAAGUUUGCCAUGCAUGGGCUGUUUAUAGAGGGUUUUCCAAAAUUACAAAGAUUUCUAGAACAUCAUGAUCGCAUUAUGUCGAAAAUUAUGCGCAAGCUACAUCAGCAUUUUGUCAAAAAUAAUGUCGACGCAAUAUUAUAUUCUAUUAAAUGGUUUUUUGUAGUUUUUGUAGAAAGAAUUCCGUUUAGUUUAAGUUUACGUGUCUGGGAUAUAUUUUUGUUUGAGGGCGAUCGUGUUAUAACUGCUAUGGCCAUUACUAUACUUUACCUACAUAAACAUGAACUGUUACGUCUUAAGGAUAUGGAUUCGAUAAUUGAGUAUUUGCAGGUUAAAUUGCAUAAAAAUUUUGGUUACAACGAUGAUUAUGUGGUUGAGGCAUUAGAGAGAGUAAUGAAAAAAUUAAAAGAUUUGAAAUUAGAUGUACCUCCGCCGCCAAAGACAAACGAAUUUCCGACUAAACCAUUGGGACAAUUCAUAGAGGCUGAUAUUGAGAAGAAAAUUGGACGACGAAGAUCCGAAUAUACAGAUACCGAAAAACAAGUUAUAAAUGAUGUGAUAUCUAGGCAAGAGCAAAACGCUAUUGAAGUACAAUCAACAGUUUCAUAUGAGACGUCAGAAUGCGCAACCGUUACACUUAACGUACCUCCAGAGGAUACACAUUCAAUACGAAGUUCGCUUGCAGGUACAUCAGUUGCCUCACACGGUUCAUCGGAGACAUUCUCACUGGAAGACAAUAAUAUACAUUUAAAAACAGCGAAUGCUCUACAGAACACACCACAACGUGAACUAUUAAUGAGUACCUGACGAAAGCCCCUUAUAACUGCGAAUUCACAGAUGUCGUCGCCAGUGCAUUUAACAACAAAUAAUAUUGGCACACCGGUGGUAAUAUCUAAAGUAACCUCAACAACAACUUUAGCAAUGUCUACGACAAUAAUAGCUACAUCAUCUCCAACACGCUCAUUGACUCCAGCUACACAGACACCAGUUUCGACACCCUCAGCACGAACAUCGGUAUCUACACCGAUAUCGCACACACCGAGUACAACACCAGUGCCGUCUCCAGCAACACCUACAUUAACUUCGACAAAGGUAAUAAGCACCUCACCGAUAGCACAACCCACGCCAACGGCCGCAUUUGGAUGAGUAAAAAAUUUCAGAUGCGGUUAAGAAUGCACGACUUCACCAUUUGGGUAAUGUGGGUAAUGUGGGUAAUAUGGAUAAAUAAUUAGCAUAAAAAGUCUAUCAGAAUCGAAUCAAGACAUGUGCUUUAUUUAAUAUAUUUUAUAGUUGAAAAGAGUUUAACUAUUCUUAUUAAAUACUUGUACUUUAUCGAAAGAAGCACUUGGACUUAAAUUAUCUUAACUAAAAGUUUAAAUGAGAUUGCAAACUGAAAAUAUUGUAUUGAAUUAAAUUGAUCAGCAGAAAAU